ACUGGUAUUUGCGUAGGCGCGCUGUACAAUUCUGGAUUCCAGGAUAUCAUGUAGGGCACGCCACGGAUGAUAGUGUAGUUUAUGAAUGGUGAUGACAUUGAAGUCGUAUUGAUUCCACUUGAAUUCAUAUUAAUUUAUGAAGGCUGCAAAAGCUUUGUGUACAUAUCAACAAUUCAGUGGGUGUGACAGCGUACACCACGUACUCCAGUCUCCGCUGUGCACAGUUCACCGUCAGUACAUGGAUGCUGGAUGGUCGGGAUAUUAAGGUAACGCGUAUUUAGGUCAUAAAACUAGUAACCUUCUAACAAAACCAAUUGAAAGCGGAAUUUGAGGCAAUCACUGCCGAAGGACCUUGCGAUUUACAUCCUAUCCGAAGCUAGUUUACACCCCCAUCAUGAUGAAGAGGCAACGUAAACGCAAUGUGGAGAAGAAAACGAGUAGGGUGAUAUCGUCAACACCCCGUUUCGUUUCGACGUCCUACUCAGCUACCGGUUCGUCUGAAGAGGCUGGGGACGCCUCGUCAUCGCUCCUGAGUCCCAUCAGCUCAUCGACCUUCUCAACAUCCACGAUGGCGACGCGUACUUCGACAUCGUCCAGUCGGAGGUCGACGUCGUCGUCAUCGUCGUCGAGAUCGUUCGUCCGACAAGAAAACGAACGCGAGGAGAUGGUGGCACUGAACGAUCGUCUAGCGGAGUACAUCGAUCUCGUCAACGAGCUCAAUCUUGACAGCAGCAGGGCUCAGAUCCUCGACAUCUCGAUCACGGAGGCGAGGAAUACGGCGAUGACCGACAUCAGGGAGAUCUUCGAGAAGGAGUUGGCGGACGCCCGAAGACUUCACGCCGAUGAGAGAGAAAGGCUAGAGAGAGAGUGUGCCAAAUAUAAAAGUGAAUUGUCUGACAUAGCUCCAAGGUUGAAGUCUGCUGAGAAAGAACGGAACGAGGCAAGGAAACGUUUAGCCGAUCUCGAGCCUCGGAUAUCCGAGAAAGAUACCCGGAUCCGGUACCUGGAGGAUGAACUUAACCGGGUCAAAUCGGAUUUGAACAACAAAGACAAACAACUGAAAUCUGCCAAACUCGAGAUUGAGAAUGGGGACAUCAUUCGCAAACAACUCGAGAAGAAGAUACGUGACCUUGAAAAAGACCUUGAACUACAGGAAGAGUACUACAAGAAGCAACUCGAGAAAGCAGAAGGUGCGUGGGACGAAACUCUGCAAGGAGAAUGGGAGAAGUACAUUGAGAACUUGAAUGUCUCGCUCUUCGAGGACUUGCGGCAAGUUAGGGAACAGGAAAUGGCUCAAGUAACAGAGGAAACGGAACUGACAAGACUGUUGACUCGUAUUAAGGGAUUCGGUGUAAGUGAAUUCGCCUCCGAACUGAGGAAACUCAAGACUGAUAUCAACAUGAAGGACCAGAACGACACGCUCGUCGCUCGAAUCCUCGAUCUCGAGGCCCAACUACGGAAGGAGCGCGAAGCCCACAUCGAAGCCCUGAGCGCCCGUGAUCGUGAGAUCGAGGAGGUGAAAGAAAUGGUGGCCGUGCGCGUCCGGGAGUACAACGACCUCCUGAGGAUCAAACUCAGCUUGGACAAGGAGAUCGCGACAUACCGCGCCCUGCUCGACGGCGGGGUAGCAAGGUUACGGAAGAGAACCGCACUGAGUGAUUCUAUUCAAGAAAGCUCGUACCCUCGGAUUCAACCCUCGACCAAGCGACGUCGUGUGAACGAUGAAGUCCAGGUCACGAAGUCAUCGACCACCAGCGGAUUGGUGUCCAUUGUCGACACCGACAGCGAUGGCAAUUUCAUCAAACUGCUCAACCAGACUGAUUCGAACCAAUCCAUUGGCGGCUGGGAGCUCCAACGAAUCGUCGACGGGGCGCUUGUCUCGACCUACACCUUCAACAACAGAUUCUCACUGAACCCCGAACACGAGGUCACGGUCUGGGCCUCAGGAAGCGAGGACAAGGUUCAAAACUCUCCAUCAGACGUCGUUUCGUCGGACACAGAGAACUGGGGGAAAGGGUUUAGCACCGAAACCAUCUUGCUACGCCCCGAUGGAGAGGUAAUGGCUAAAUGCGAUGAACUGAGAGAGCACGUUAAUAAUGAAAUUGUGGAGUCGAGUGCAAGGGAAUUCCGACCAUGCGUCGUCAUGUAAGCAUAAUCUCAGACAUCAUGUUAACGGCCGAAAGUUUACAGCCUUCAUCACUCUACCGAAAUUUACCUCAUGCACAUGAUGUCAUAGUCUCAUAGCGCCCUCCCUCAGAGGAUAUAGGAAUACGCGUAGACGGAGUUGUCAGAGAUACGUCAGCUGCAAAUCACCAUCUCAUGCAAAGUAUUAGUUUCGGUCUCUAAGAUGGUGACAUGAUAACGUCAAUGCAUAAGGUCCUUACUGAAAUAUAUGAAUAUUUCAUACAUUUCGUGAAUAUUCAUAUUUUUGUUAUUUUGUUUGUUUCGUUUUUAAAGGUGU